AAGAGCCGGCAGUUGUCAAAAUAUUUUGAUUUUUCAAAUUGUCUCAAAAUCCAAUAUAAAGCCAAAAACAUCACAUAUCUAAAAAUUGUAUAAAUUCUAUAAGGCGCUGCUUGGCAUUAAAAUGUUUCGCCAACUGAGGAUGACAAUGGAUAUUGCGGGUUGGAUAUUCCUUCCGUGGAGACGCUCAGCAUCGAAUCUGAAGGAUUUUCCGCCGCCGCCGCUGUCCAGCACUUUCGGCGAUGUGAUUGUGGACUACGAGGACCCGGACUACCUUCCCUUGCCGGAGUAUCCUAUGCGUCCCAACGAGCCGUUGGAUAUUCGAAAGCAGCGACUUUUGUAUCAAUCCCGCAAGCGCGGAAUGCUGGAGAACGAUCUGCUCCUGAGCACCUUUGCGGCCAAACACCUCCAAAACUUCAGCGCCGAGCAGACGGCUCUGUACGAUCAGUUGAUUAACGGAGUGACCAACGAUUGGGACAUCUACUACUGGGCCACCGAUGUGAAGCCCACGCCCAAGGAGUACGACACGGAGAUCAUGGGGCUAUUGAAGGAGCACGUAAAGAAUGCCGAGAGAGUCACACGUCUCCGUCAGCCGGAUCUAAAUACUUAAAUAUAGAUAUUCCUGAAUAGCUCAUAUUUAUAAUAUGAUUACUUUGUAAAUUCAAUGAUCCAGGGUAUUAAAAUAGAUAUUAUUUGUUGCAUGUCCAUUAUAUUGCACAAUAUGGCAGUAAAAUCAGAAAGUUUUCACAUUUCCCUAAAGUCCUCAAAUUUCUUGUUAUAUUGACUUAAUUUUUGCAACCAAUGAAAAGCCUUAAAAAAAUAAAACAAAAUCCGAAAUGUAGUUAAAUCUGUUGUGAUCCAGGAGAUCUAAUCUUUAAGCAUACGUACAUUAUAUUCAUUUAAAAAAAAAGGAUUAAAGCAUUGUUAAAAAGCCCAA